AUGUUUUCGAUGUCAGUGUUUUUGGUUGGUGUUCCAAAAACUGUAUUUGGAUUCCGGGACGUCGAAUGUCUCAUCAUCGGCAUGGCGGAAUUGCUUUCACAGGAGGAAUUUUACGGACUCGACAUCAGAAACAACCUGGGUCACUAUUCCGUUUUUGCGACGUUCAUGAUUAUGCUAGCCUACAAUAGUGCUCUGGUCGGAGGAGUUAAGCUGACCACGAUCGUGAACCUGGCCGGCAGUUUUCAGGUUGCCGAAGCUGUCUACGAAGCGAACUGGGAGAACGAAACCACCGCCGUACAAACGGAUCUUCAGUUGGUUAUGGUGCGGGCCCAGAAGCCUGUCGGUAUAACGGCUGGCAAAUUCAGUUACAUGAACUUUGAGCUUUUUGGCAAUGUCGUCCGAACGACAUACUCAACCUUUCUCGUGCUAAAAGAUGUCCUCUGA